GCCACGUGACCCCCAGGGGUGCCAAUGUACGGUCGUGAGGGUCUCAGGCCCUUGCACGUUGCCACCCACUGCCCGGGCCUCGCCCAGCGAUGCAGAAAGCCACCUACUACGACAACGCCGCGGCUGCACUCUUCGGAGGCUACUCCUCGUACCCGGGCAGCAAUGGCUUCGGCUACGACGUGCCCUCCCAACCCCCCUUCCAGGCCGCCACGCACCUGGAGGGCGACUACCAGCGCUCAGCAUGCUCGCUGCAGUCCCUGGGCAACGCCGCCCCACAUGCCAAGAGCAAGGAGCUCAACGGCAGCUGCAUGAGGCCCGGCCUGGCCCCUGAGCCCCUGCCCGCCCCACCUGGCUCACCCCCGCCCAGCGCCGCACCUACCAGUACCACUAGCAACAGCAGUAAUGGGGGCGGGCCCAGCAAAAGCGGCCCCCCCAAGUGCGGUCCCGGCUCCAACUCCACCCUCACCAAACAGAUAUUCCCCUGGAUGAAAGAGUCGAGGCAAACGUCCAAGCUGAAAAACAGCUCCCCCGGCACAGCGGAGGGCUGCGGCGGCGGCGGAGGAGGAGGAGGUGGAGGAGGAGGAGGAGGAGGAGGAGGUGGAGGAGGCGGCGGCGGCGGCGGCGGCGGCGGCAGUGGGGGCGGCGGCGGAGGGGGAGGGGACAAGAGCCCCCCGGGGUCGGCGGCGUCCAAGCGGGCGCGGACGGCGUACACGAGCGCGCAGCUGGUGGAGCUGGAGAAGGAGUUCCACUUCAACCGCUACCUGUGCCGGCCGCGCCGCGUGGAGAUGGCCAACCUGCUGAACCUCAGCGAGCGGCAGAUCAAGAUCUGGUUCCAGAACCGGCGCAUGAAGUACAAGAAGGACCAGAAGGCCAAGGGGCUGGCCUCGUCGUCGGGGGGCCCCUCCCCCGCCGGCAGCCCCCCGCAGCCCAUGCAGUCCACCGCCGGCUUCAUGAACGCCUUACACUCCAUGACCCCCAGCUACGAGAGCCCAUCCCCGCCCGCCUUCGGCAAAGCCCACCAGAAUGCCUACGCGCUGCCCUCCAACUACCAACCUCCUCUCAAAGGCUGCGGCGCCCCGCAGAAGUACGCCCCGACCCCGGCGCCCGAAUACGAGCCUCACGUCCUCCAAGCCAACGGGGGCGCCUAUGGGACGCCCACCAUGCAGGGCAGCCCCGUGUACGUGGGCGGGGGCGGCUACGCGGAUCCGCUGCCGCCCCCUGCCGGCCCCUCCCUCUACGGCCUCAACCACCUUUCCCACCACCCCUCUGGGAACCUGGACUACAACGGGGCGCCCCCUAUGGCCCCCAGCCAGCACCACGGACCCUGCGACCCCCACCCCACCUACACAGACCUCUCCUCUCACCACGCGCCUCCUCCUCAGGGUAGAAUCCAAGAAGCGCCCAAAUUAACACACCUGUGA